AUGACCUAUUACGAAGAGGAUCAGGACGAUGUACCUCAGCGUCGCGUUCCUAGUAAAGCCUCUCGUCAGCGAUCAUUCCUUCGUACACCCAUGCCAAAUCAAGCAAAAUCACAACCAGCAGCUCCUACGGCACAAGCUUCGGAAGAGUUCUCGACAGCAAUCUCAUGGCCCAUUCUGUUGGCUGUGAUUCCUACCCUAGGAGCCUUUAUUGCCGGCAGUGCGGAAGUGUGGAGCGACUUUAUCAUGAUCCUGCUCAUUCUGUACUAUGUCUACAAGUGGAUCACAGUGCCUUGGUCUUAUUACGAAAGCGCUCGAUCACGACGGAUGAUCCACCAAAAUGCCACUUCGUACGCGGAUCCCUUGGAUGACCGGAAGAGGGGAACCGAAUUCGAGCGUCGCCGCCAACUAGCCUACGAGUUACGUCGACAUGAACUAAUGGGUCUUGUGUGGGUAAUUGCCUCGCCUGCCCUGGCAGGUUACACACUUCAGUACAGCCGUUACUUUCUGAGCAAUUACGACAAGUACGUUAGCUCCUUCAACGUCACUGUAUUUGUAUUUGCUGCUUCUCUCAAGCCUCUCGCACAUGUGAUGCUGUUGCUGCGAGAGCGAACACUCUACCUGCAAAGCGAGAUGCAAAUUCAAGAGACCGAAACACAGCGGCUGCAGCGCAAACUAGAAAUGAUGGAAGAAGAGCUUAUUGGUUUGCGCAAAGCAUUUGCCACCAAAAAAGAUCUUGGCCAGGCAACCGAAGGAUUAGUACCUACACUUGAGCAGCUAACUAAAGCUAUGCGUCGCUGCGAGAAGAAAGAGACUGCAUUAAGAUCAUGGUCUGAAGAGCAAUUUACAGUUGUAGACAAAAAAGUGAGAGAAUUUGACCAGUUUAUCUGCUAUCGAAUCGAACAAGACCAACGAAAAUCAACCCAACGUGCGGUUGCCACCCUUUUAUUCCUGCCACUCAACAUCACCUUUUGGGUUGCCAAACGCAUGACUCGCCUGUUGCCGAUCCCCCGCGCGUUACUUGGCUCCUCCUCUACACCAACACGGGGUGCAAAGCCAAGUGCGCUUGCACCCCACCGCCCACACCGCUAUCGCAGUCGCAACAGCCAUGCCACACCAUCACGACACCUUACUCACCCAGAUCUAACGGCUUCUUCGCCUGAUCAGUUUGGAAUGUUCUAUGGAGACACCCUACCCGAACCUGAACAGACGGAGCAAGUUUAUUCCGGAGAAGAGUCUCUUAAUUCAUUUGACCAGCACAACUAA